CUUGCAGGUCAAUGAGCGGCACUGCUGCAGGCUGUCAGCAGCAAACUUCAUCACCUUCAAGACGAAUCAGCAAGUGACACACCAUGAAGUCGACUUGCCUGCUCUUCCUGGCUUGUGUCCUGCUUUGCAACUUGAUGAUGGCGUGCAGGGCGCAAAGCAUCUCAGCUGAGGAAGAACUGGAACCGAACACCGUGGACGACCUCCUUCUGCAAAGAGCCCAGAACCUCCUGCUGCUGCGCUCCAUCCUGACAAACAUGCCGGACCAAGACGGGCGACCCCCCUCUACAGGCGCAUGGAUGAUCAAGCGCCAGCAUCCGGGCAAGAGGUCCAGCGAGGAUGUGGAUGAUGACGGUGACGAAGACUACUUGGAAGUUGAGAGGAGGCAGCACCCGGGAAAGCGCUCGACGGCAGAGCACGUUUGGGAGCCACCAGUCGCGCGGCUGGCCGAAGCUUCCAAGCGGCAGCACCCCGGCAAGCGCUACUCUGAGGUGCCACGUAGCCGGCGGCAGCACCCCGGCAAGCGGCGGCUGGACGACGACGAUAUGGAUGAGGACGACGAGGACCUCCCGCUCCUGGACAAGCGCCAGCACCCCGGGAAACGCUUUUGGGGCGCUUCACAAUUAGCCGCCACAGGUCCAUGUGAAGACGUCUCGGACCCCGUAAUGUGUGCCAAGACCAAUCUGCUGGUCGACUUUUUCGACGCGAAGCAUGGCGACAAGAAGAGACAACACCCGGGCAGGCGGUUUGCGUCUGACCUGCGCGGAGAAUAGAUUUACUCGAUCCCUAUUGUAAACGAAUCCAUGUGUACGUCGUGAUUACUAAUGAUUAAAAUGAACUAACGAAUGUCCACCAAAUGAGCAUUUGUUGUGCCAAAUUUGUGUUGGACGGACACUUUUAAGUUGUUUUUUCAUUGGAGCGUAAAUGGAGCUGGACUGUAAAAUUGACUGUGUGAAGGUGCAUGAUAAUCUUCGGAUUUCGCCGUCAUCUUUACAUCAAGAUGAUAAUUGAGCCACUCACUAUAUUAAAGCAUCAAUUCAAGUCUGACCAUGGGAAUGUCUUCUUAUUAUUAUUUUUCAUUUAU